CUGUCCAUCCAGCCCCAUGCACACCCCUCUGUCUCUCCAUCCAGCUCCAUACACACCCCUCUGUCCAGCCAACCCCAUGCAUACUCCUCUGUCUGUCCAUCCAGCCCCAUAUACACCCCUCUGUCUGUCCAUUCAGCCCCAUACACACCCCUCUGUCAGCCAGCCCCAUGCAUACCCUCUGUCUGCCCAUCCAGCCCUAUGCACACCGCUCUGUCUGUCCAUCCAGCCCCAGGCCCACCCCUCUGUCUGUCCAUCCAGCCCCAUAUACAUCCCUCUGUCUGUCCAUCCAGCCCCAUGCACACCCCUCUAUCUGCCCAUCCAGCCCUAUGCACACCCCUCUGUCUGUCCAUCCAGCCCCUUCAGCCAGCCCACCAGACCCAUACACACCCCUCUGUCUGUCCGUCCAGCCCCAUGCACACCCCUCUGUUUCUCCAGCCAGCCCCAUACACACCCCUCUGUCUGUCCAGCCAGCCCCAUGCACACCCUUCUGUCUGUCCAGCCAGCCCUAUGCACACCCCUCUGUCCAGCCAGCCCUAUGCACACCCCUCUGUCCAGCCAACCCUAUACACACCCCUCUGUCUGUCCUUCCAGCCCCAUGCACACCCCUGUCUGUCCAUCCAGCCCCAUGCACACUCCUCUGUCUGUCCUUCCAGCCCCAUACACACCCCUCUGUCUGUCCAUCCAGCCCCAUGCACACCCCUCUGUUUGUCCAGCCAGCCCCAUACACACCCUUCUGUCUGUCCAGCCAGCCCCAUGCACACCCUUCUGUCUGUCCAUCCAGCCCCAUGCACACCCUUCUGUCUGUCCAGCCAGCCCUAUGCACACCCCUCUGUCCAGCCAACCCUAUACACACCCCUCUGUCUGUCCUUCCAGCCCCAUGCACACCCCUGUCUGUCCAUCCAGCCCCAUGCACACUCCUCUGUCUGUCCUUCCAGCCCCAUACACACCCCUCUGUCUGUCCUUCCAGCCCCAUGCACACCCCUGUCUGUCCAUCCAGCCCCAUGAACACCCCUCUGUUUGUCCAUCCAGCUCCAUGCACACCGCUCCAGCCAGCCCCAUAUACACCCCUCUGUCUGACCAUCCAUCCCCUCGAUCCAGUCAGCCAGCCAGUCCCAUACACACCCCUCUGUCUGUCCAUCCAGCCUCUCGAUCCAGCCAACCAGCCCCAUAUACACCCUCUGUCUGUCCAUCCAGCUCCUCGAUCCAGCCAGCCAGCCCCAUAGACACCCUCUGUCUGUCCAUACAGCCCCAUCCAGCCAGCGAGCCCCAU